ACCAGUGUAAUCUACUUUCCACUGAAUUCGAAGAUCAUAAAAAAUUAUGCAGUGAAUAACAUAAAGUUGUUGUGUCAUAUUGAGCCUAGUAUUGAUUCAUUAAAGAUGACUUCUCGUAAAGUACUGCAAGUUUUCCAAAGCCAAGUAAAUUUUACCAGACGUUUGUCGAAUGCUGCUCAAAGAUGUGUCAGGAACCACCACGAUUUGAAGUUCCUACCAGAGGCCGAAUUGGCACCGCUAAUGGCGUAUUUUCCAAAGUUUAUAGAGGAUGUUACUCAUAAAGACAUGCUUCUCGGUGUUACAAAAGUAAACAAGAGAUUUGAGAGGCUAAUCAAGCACAACCUUCCAACUGGAAAACUACUCAGACUUCAUACAUUCAUAUAUGUUUACAAGGCGAUAGAAAAACACUAUAGUAAUGGGCCACUAGAUGAGGAGAAAUUGAAUAGGUUAUAUCAGUUGAGCUGGUGUCUAGAAGCACACAAUAAUACAUACUGUAUGGUUGACGACAUGAUGGAUAGCAACGAUACAAGACGCGGUAUACCGACGUGGGCUACCUUAAUGGGCGCUGGAACAGCUAACGACGCCCUCCUACUUGAAUACAUCCUCAUGAGACUUCUGAAGAAAUAUUUAAAGGGACAUCCGAACCAAGAAAAAAUCAUCGAUACGUUUCUCGAACCCCACUGUCCCAUCUCGAUGGCUUUGGAGCUGGAAACCACCAACUUGGCAGACUUUACGAUGGAUACCUUGAAAGAGAUAGCCGCCUUGAAGAUGAUGCGUCACAACUUCAACCAUCCCAUAGAAGUAGCGACGUUACUGGCCGAUAAAGCCUACUUUAUGAAUGACAUGAUAAAGAAGGCUCUAGUACACAUGGGCUUUCUGUAUGGUAUUCAAAAUGACAUGGCCGACUGCUACGGUAACAACGUAACUGGAAAGAGGUGUGCAGACAUCCAAGACAAAAGAUGCGGCCUACCCAUAGUUAUAGCAUUGAGCAAAGCCAAUUCGACUCAGAAGAAAAUUUUGGAAGAAAAUUACGGCUUCAAGGACGAAGUGAAGGUAGAGAAAAUCAAGGCAAUUUUCGAUGAAUUGGAUGUACUGGAUGAGUAUUAUAAAAUUGAGGACGAAUAUAAGCAGAAACUAUCAGAUGAGAUCGAGAAAAUACAGGAUGAAUUCUCCAAAGACGUGAUGUGGAAAUUGGCCAAUGUUAACACUUACGGUGAACUUGGAGAUUCACCUUAUUAAAUUGACGUGAUCUGAAAACUUCGAAUCACUCCUUUCUUAUCUUCAUCUUAUGCCGCGAUGAUUCAACAUCGAAUAUUUAUAUCGAAAAUUAUUUCGUUUUUGAUAUAUAAUCUUGAAAAAAACUGUUUUAAUAUAAAUAACAAUAAAAUGAUUGAGCAAGAAA